AAUGGCUAGCAGGUUCAUUUUCUAUAUACGUGAACCUUGGAAAACCAUCCGUUGUAGUAAAUGAUAGAAGCCCAAAAGUUGGCAACAUUCAACAAUAUAAGCCAAACUACAAACAGCCUCUUCUUAUUCCAAUCAAACAGUAUACUACUAUUUCCAUAUUAACAAAGAUGGCUAGAGAGACUAGCAACAUGAAAAACAAAUCUGUAAGUUACGACAGUAGUGAUGAGGAAGAGGAUUUAGUUGAUUUUCGCCUAGCACUAGAGAAGUUGACCCUUGGCCCAAGAAAGAAACUUCUUGUUCUUAGCUUAGGAGGCUUACUGUGCCAUAGAGUCUUCCGCCAUGACAAGUCCAAGAUUCCAAGAUAUCGCGACCCUGAUACAUCCUAUGGAAGCUUUUUAGUUUACAAAAGGCCUCAUUGUGAUGAGUUCAUGAAAUUUUGCUUUGAAAGAUUCGAAGUAGGAAUAUGGUCUUCUGCAAGGGAAUGGCAUCUGAACAACACCUUGGACUGUAUAAUGAGAGGAAUGAAAAACAAGCUUGCACUUGCUUGGGACCAAGAUAAAUGCACUAAUUCUGGGUUUAAGACUUUGGAGAAGAAGGACAAGCCAAUCUAUUUGAAGGAGUUGAAGAAACUAGGGAGUCUCGGUUUUGAACAUUCAUCAGAAGUUUUGCUGAUAGAUGACAGGCCAUAUAAGACCUUGCUAAACCCACCCCAUACAGCAAUAUUUCUUAAUGAAUACAAUGUUGACCAAGUUAAUGAUACAGCUUUAGAUGAAUUUAUGAAUUAUAAUCUCAAGCUAUUGUUGUCAAUAGGUCCAAAUAGUGAACUGCGGCUGUACUUGGAUGGACUGGCGGAAGCAGAAGAUGUUCCUUCUUAUGUGAAAGAAUAUCCAUUCGGGCAGCCUGCAAUAACUCCAGAGCAUUCUGAUUGGGAGUACUAUUCCAGGAUUAUCCACCGUCUGAAGGAGGAAUGAUCGACUGAAUAACGGAAUUACGAAAUAAAAUUCAGAGACAUUCAAAAUGCUCUAUCUGGGUAUAGGAAUGAAAGUUGUUUUUAUGUUUAAGUGAGCUGUCUGCUAGUGUAAUUGAUCGUGUAAUGGCUUCCUCUAGUUAAGUAUUUGAAUCACUUAGUUUUCCUUG